AUGGCAGGGAUUGUGGCGUUCUUUUUGGUUGAUAAGAUCUCAAGCUUUCUCAAUGAGGAGAUAAAGCUGGGAGAAAUGCGCAUAACAGCCUUCCUGCCAGUGGCAGAAAGAGAUUCUCAAGCCAGUGUAUUGGUCAAGCAAGUAAGAGAGAUCGCUUUCAACAUUGAAGAUGUUCUUCGCUUAGUGGCUGAUGAUCGUUUGGCUAGUAAUCAAAGGAAUGGAUGCAAUGGUCUCGUCUCCAAGAUCACUCAUCUUAUUAAGAGUAACGUGAAACAUCGCUAUCAAAUUGCUUCUGAAAUGCAAAGCAUCAAAACCAGAAUUUUUAGCAUCUCCAGAGGAUGUCAAAGAUACAAAUUAGAUGGCAUAGCGGGUUUCUACAAACAACACCUGGAAUGA